AUCGCAAAGCGGUUUUCCAUUUGCGAAUGUGGACGCGAGUAAGGCAACAGAAAUGUCCUUUAACGUAUUUUUUUGGUGCGUUGUUAUUUUCAACGCAGGACAAGCAGUAUGGUGUCUCAACGCCGCUAUCGAGAUUAUAAACGGACACGACGCCACUGCCUCUUCUGUGCCGUAUUUGGCCUAUGUGAAGCUACAGUCGGGCGAAGAAGACUGGUUUUGCGGGGGAAGUCUAAUAUCUCAGAAUUACGUGCUCACUUCCGCAAAUUGCACCUACAGGGCUGAGAACUUCACCGUCGUGUUGGGAGCUUACGACAUCAGCUCAAGCAACGAGUCAACCAGACAAGUAUUCACGGGAACCAGAGAUUCCAUUAUUCAGCACGAGCGUUACUUUGCCGAUGUGUUUUUAAACGAUAUAGCUCUCAUCAAACUAAGUCAGGCGGCUGUUAUUAACGACGCGGUUCAAAUAAUCCCUCUAACAUCGGGAGGAGAUCCGAACCUGGAGGGUCAGAAUGCUACCAUCAGCGGCUGGGGCACUACGGAUGGUUUCGACGAAUAUCCGGCGGUAUUGCUGAAUGGUGACGUUACUGUAUCCAAUAUCUCGGUGUGCGAACACAUCUACAUCGACUUAAUCCAAAGGGAUAAACAGUUUUGUACAAUUAACGACGACAUAGGCGUUUCGAUCUGCGACGGUGACUUUGGCGGACCCCUGGCCAUCAACGGAACCCUAUAUGGCGUUCAGUCGUUCAUCAUACCCUACUGCUACAUCGGAUUUCCUUCCGUCUACACUAAAUUAUCCUUUUAUUUGGAAUGGAUUGCAAAGAAUAGCGACGUAUCGCUUCAAUGAGCAGUGAAUAUAUACGAGUUUUAUGGUU